CCAAUCAUCUUCGUAUCAUGAUACUUGAAGGACAAGAGACUUGGUGCGGAGAGAUAUACGCUCUUUAGACGUUUGCAAAAUUUUAGUUUCAAGUGCUUCAAGCAAAGUGUUCAUGAAGGUACUGGGUUGAGCUAUGUGUGGGCUUGAGCUUUGUGUGUAGCCUUUAAUCAUAGAGUUGUACAUGAAGGUACUGGGUUUCGCGAAUUUGGGUGAACAAAUUCUCUGCAUAUUCGAUGUUAUGUUGGUGAUAUGUACGGGAAGCGGGUAAUUGACCGGAGGUAAGGGAGUUGUUGAAAAGACCUUUUGUGAUGAGUUGGAGGUAAGGGAGUUGUCGAAAAGACCUUUCGUGAUGAGUUGACCGUGGAUUUGGAGGAUUUGCCAUGUCGUUUUUGAGAUUCGAAGAAGGGAGAGAAGUGGGUUCUUUGGGUGGAGCGUGGAUACAGAAGUACCAACCAAUUCUUCAAACUCCACAGGGUUCAUGGAAGGUUUUGUACGAUUUACAGAGUUAUGUGCAGGCAGAAGCAAACAAGUUCGAUCAAGAUCAUCUCUCUUUCUUGCAGCUAUGAAGGGUGAUCAACGGAGAUCCGCUAAUUACCAUCCUAGCAUUUGGGAGCCAGAGCUCAUUGAGUCCUUCAACUCUACAUACACUUGUGAAUCUCAUGCAACCCAACUGGAGGGAUUGAAGCAAGAUGUCAAGAAGUCGCUUUUGUCCAUUUCAGACCCCGGUGUACUAUUGAAGCAUGUUGAUUCACUGCAAAAAUUGGAAAUAGCUUACCACUUUGAAGAAGAAAUCAACGAGGCCCUUAAUCUUAUUCACUCAGAACAACCGGAGGAUCUUUACACAACUUCCUUGCAAUUUCGACUCCUGAGAGAACACAAUUUUCCAGUCAGCUUAGCUGUGUUCAACAAGUUCAUCGGCAGAGAUGGAAAGUUCAUGGAUAGUCUAAGUGAGGAUGUGACCGGGCUCUUGAGUUUGUAUGAAGCUUCACAUAUGAGAAGGAACGGAGAAGAUAUUUUGGAAGAAGCCUGUGAUUUUAGUGUCACGAAACUAAAAACAUUAGUGGGGAGAUUGGAGAGUGAUCUAGCCGAGCAAGUGCAACUCUCACUACGAACUCCUUUUAGGUGGAGGGUGCCAAGGGUUCUUACAAAGAAAUCCAUUGAAAUUUACCAAAAGAAUGUUACAGAGAACCUAAAUUUGCUUGAACUAGCCAGAUUGGAUUUCAAUUCAGUACAGUGUUUAUAUCAGGAAGAGCUAAAGGAGCUAUCAAGGUGGUGGAGAAUGCUCGGAUUCAAAGAGAAGCUAAGCUUUGCAAGGGAUCGAUUAAUGGAAAACUAUUUGUGGGCAUUGGGGAUUGUCUUUGAGCCCCAUCACUCCAAGUGCAGGAUUGGCCUUACCAAAUUUGUAUGCAUAUUGACAGCAAUUGAUGACAUGUAUGAUGUCUAUGGUUCGUUGGAUGAGCUAGAAAUCUUUACAGGAGCAGUGAAACGAUGGGAUCUUAAGGCCAUGGAGGACCUUCCAGAGUAUAUGAAGCUAUGCUACUAUGCCACGUACAACUUUGCGAACGAAUUGGCCUAUGAUGUUCUUAAAGAUCAUGGUUUAGAUACCCUGCCUUACUUUAAGGAAGCAUGGACCAAUCUCUGUGGAGCAUAUCAAGUAGAAGCAAAGUGGUUUUACAGUUCUCAGACACCAAGUAUGGAUGAGUACCUAAAAAACGCCUGGAUUUCCGUGGGAGGUCCUGCUGCAGUAACUCAUGCAUAUCUACUGCAAGGAGAAGGAUUCCCCAUAACAAAGAAGUCACUUGACUGCUUAAAAGAUGGUUCAGAGCUAAUCUACUGGUCAUCCUUAAUUACUCGACUUAGCGAUGAUUUGGGAACUUCCAUUGCUGAGAGCAAGAGAGGCGAUGUGGCGAAAUCUACGGACUGCUACAUGAUUGAAAGAGGCAUGUCAAGAGAAGAGGCUGAAGAGCAGAUAAAGGAUUUGAUAAGCCAGUCAUGGAAAAUGUUGAAUGAAGAGAGUGCCAAAAGCUACCUCCCAAAAUCAAUGGUGAAAAUCUGCUUGAACAUGGCACGGACCGCGCAAUGCAUAUUCCAAUAUGGGGAUGGUAUUGGGACAUCAACAGGUGUAACAAAAGAUCUCUUAACAUCAUUGAUACUCAAACCAAUCCCCCAUUGAGGUGAAACGUCACUAUUUCUUUAUCCAGUGGUGAAGAAUGAGUAGUUUGUCUUCCUGAUUUAAUGAGUAUUCAGGAAAAAAGAAAUGAUAAACAAGUCAACUCCCUGAUGGUUAUGGGAAAUAUCAAGUCAUUGAAAUUGAAGUGUUUCUUUUGUUUAUUGUCACAUUGAGAAUUCUUUGUGGGUUAGCUCUAUCAGAAAAUAAAGGCUACCUGAGAUGAUAAGGUAUAUUUGUUCACAGCCACUGAUUUACACUUGCAAACAAGUCUCCCUGAUGGUUAUGGGAAAUAUCAAGUCAUUGAAAUUGAAGUGUUUCUUUUGUUUAUUGUCACAUUGAGAAUUCUUUGUGGGUUAGCUCUAUCAGAAAAUAAAGGCUACCUGAGAUGAUAAGGUAUAUUUGUUCACAGCCACUGAUUUACACUUGCAAACAAGUCAACUCCCUGAUGGUUAUGGGAAA